AUGGGAAGAAUCUCAAGGAACACUUUGAUAGAGGAAGUUUAUAAUGAAUUGACAGAUAUGUACAAAAUAAUAAUAUAUAAUCCGAAAUACGGGAGAUUGACAAUUAAUCCAGAUGGUGCAUUAAAUCAACUUUGGCAGUAUAUAGAAAGUAUAUAUAUAAGAUUUACAGAAGCAAAGCGAUUUCUGUCUCCAGAGGUAGAGAUUGACUAUAUUAUAGCAAUUGAUCAUCAAAGAAGCAAGGGCAAUAUUAAUAUGCAGAGCAGAAAUUGCGAGAGUGAUAGAGUAAGUGAAAGUUUAUACCAGGAGGGCGAUUUGCUAAACUAUACCAGGGAGUACUACAGUACUUUUCUUAAAAUGUUUCCUUCACUAAGAAAAUCCUUAUCAAUAGAAACAACCAAAGAAGAUUCUUUUUUAAUAUUUUUGGAAAACGAAAUAGUAGAGCCAUAUACACACACAAUUCUUGCGGCUCUUCUGCUGCUUUCAGAGGGGUUAGACAUAGCACUUACAAUGGAAGAGUCUACGGAGGGCAACUGCCUUGUUUUAAGGAAGAGAAAUGGCAAGCAUGUUUUUACAAUUGGCAUGAAUCUAUUUAGUUAUUCUAGUGAAUGCGGCGCCGGGCAAAGGGAAGACACCAAAACAAUAUAUCUGCAGGAGGCUGUAGAUGUGAUAAACUUCUUUAUAAACAACAAAAGAAAUCCAAUACUGGAAAAAGAAGGAUUUGUAGAGCCACAGACGUAUGAGGAGUUUAAAACUGGGAGAUUCUUGAACCGCCCGUCAUUUCUUAUACAGAUGUAUAUACACCACUACAUGAAGGCUAAAAAGACUAAGAACAUAAUGAAGUGUAUUAUUGGCUCAUUGUAUGAAAUUUUAUGGGAGCAUAUAGAAACAAAGGCUGGAGACAGUGCAGAGCACAGCUUGGCAAAUGAUGUGUUUAGCCGAUACUUUAUCUCUAUAGAAAGCACUGGGGCUGGCUUGAAUUAUUUGGACAUUGUCAAAGAGGUGCAUACAGUAUCAGAACAAAAAGAAGGAGCUUUAAUUUCAUUUAAUCUAGAGCCAAAUCAAAAUAUAAAGCAGACCAUAAAAGAAGCAGAUUAUUUGAAUCCCAGGGUGAGUGCGCAUUUCUGUGGAAUAUUGGAGGAGUCCAGAAGUGUCACAGAAUCUGUUAAUUAUAUGGAAACAACACUCCUUGGAAUAGUGUGUUUUUUUGCAUAUGACUGCACAAGAGGUAUUUAUACAACCGAGCAUAUGAAAAAUGCAUCUAGCAGACUAAAAGAAUUCUUUGCCAAAUAUCCAAAGCUGCACCUUGAAGAUUCUAAGGUAAUACAUGCAGAGUGGAAUAGAGUUCUGUCAAACUUAAACAACCCAGGCGUAAGUUACAUUGAUGCAACUAGAACCCGGUUGGAAAUAGGCAUAAUAAACAUGAUCUGUGUAAUUGCAGAGCUGCUAGGUGCAUAUGAGCAGGAAAAAGAAAAACUUAACAAUUUAAAAAAAGACUUGAAUGGAAAUGAGAAAGUGUAUGAGGAAGAGGUAUAUGAAUACAUAGAAAAGUGUUUAAAGGGUCUAUUUUGGACUAUGAAUGAUCGAGUAGAACCAAGUAUUUCUGUGGAAAAUCUAUUAAAGCAUAAAAACAGCGCAAAUAAGUAUGAUUUAUAUGGAGAAGUAACAGUGAAAUACACAAAUAAUGAUGUAGGAAACAAAUUAGCAGUAUAUGUAUACCAAACCGAAAGCUUCUACAGAAUAACAGUUGCCAGACUUAAGCAAUUCUGCACUUUAGAAAUUAGUAAGCUAAAUGAGCUGGCCAAUUCUUCUGUCAUACAAGGAGCCUCUUUUGUUAAGUAUGUAAUAAGGCACUAUAUUCAGCUUAUUAUUGAAGAAGAAGGCUUUUUUGAGCGCAGUGUGCAGAAGUUUAUUGAUGACAGCUUGCUAAAGAGAGGCAUAAAUGCUCUCUGUAUAGAUGUAAAUAGCCUUCUUCUAUAUGCAGAAUGUCUCGGACUUUAUAAAUAUGGGGGAAAUAACAUGACCCUAUUCAAAUUUUUGGUAGUGUACAUUGCAAAGUUGCAGCUGCCAACGACACACUACAUUGUGCGUUUUGCCUCCAACAUAAUUGGCCAACAAUGCAGUAGCAACCAGCUACUACACCGCAGAGCUUUAACUUUUAUUCCAUUUAUAAAAGACCAUCAGAGCUACUUUCCAUAUAUAAAGUUUGACACUAUAACGUAUAAAGCUUCUAUAUUUUCAGACAAAACCGUGAUGCAGUUUUUGAUGAAGCUAGUUAAUAUAAAUGCAGAGGACUCUGUGAUCAGCUACCUAACAAGCUAUGUUGAGCUCGAUGGGAGGUGCCAGUUGGCAUGUCUGCUUGAUAUACUUGGAGGAAUGUUGCAGCAAAAUGAGCAAAUCUGCCUUCUAAGCUGCUUAACUGUGUGCGGCACUACUAUGAAGCACAUUUGCACUCUUGUUAAUACUAUGAAGAAAAUUGAUAAUGUGCUGCCAGAUACCCAGCUUAUAGAGCGGUCCAGCGUCAAUGCUAUUUUGUUAUUAUUUAUUGGAAUUGCCUGCCAAGAAAAGGCGCGGUUUACGAGUAUUAUAAAAGAAUGCUUCUAUCUAAUCACUGACCAAGAAGCACUUGGGAUAAAUCCUGUUAAAGAGUGCACGUUGGAAUACUAUCACAAUAUACUAAAUUGUCUAAAGUCUAUGGAGGUUAUAUUAUGCAGGCCUAACAAUGAGUUAGACAGAGUUAAGAUAAAUUGUAUAUUAAAUAUGUACAGCAAAAUGCUGAACAGUGUUGAAGUACUCGAAUACAAUGAAUAA